CGCAAAACGGAAGCGGAAAUUUCCGCAGUUGCCUGGAAGACGCUGCUUCCUCCCCUUCCCCAUCACCCAAGGGUCAUUCUUGUCAGCUCUGUGACUGCCAGAGCUAAUGGUGUCCCAGUGGCAGACUCAUCCCCAAUCCAGCUAGUGAGUCCCAGAGCAAAGAGACCUCCCUCCUCCACAAACUUCUCAAAACAGUGGUGUCACCAUCCUGACCCACAUCCAACGCCGCCAUGACUCACUCUAUGAUCCGAAGAACCCUCAAGAACCUGGUCCAGAACUUCUCUGAAGCAGAAGUCAAGGUCCGGGAGGCCACGUCCAAUGACCCAUGGGGCCCGUCCAGCUCCCAGAUGGCGGACAUCUCCGACCUGACCUACAACGUGGUGGCCUGCAACGAGAUCAUGAGCAUGCUCUUCAAGCGCCUCAACGACAUUGGCAAGAACUGGAGGCACGUGUAUAAGUCUGUGGUGCUGCUGGAGUAUCUUCUGAAGACGGGCUCCGAUGGAGUGGCCACCGCCAGCCAGGAGAACGUGCACGUGGUCAAGGCCCUCACAGAGUUCAAAUUCAUAGACAAAGACGGCAAAGACCAGGGCUCUACCAUCAGAGACAAAGCCAAGCUCGUCCUGGCGCUGGUUGAAGACCCAGAAAAAUUGAAAGAGGAGAAAGAGAUGGCCAUGAAGCACAAAGAUAAGAUGGACAAGGCAACUACAGCUGCGUCGGAGGCGGCAGCUGAGAAGGCGAAGCCAGUGCUCCCGCCGUACACGGGCCUCCCCAAACUGGACAACAUCCCCUCGGUGGCCGAACUCAUGGCAGAGAUGGCCGCCAAGAAGGAGGAGAGGCAAAAGAUAAAGGAGACUGAGGAGAAGUGGAACGCAGCCAAGGAAGGCAAGGUUGUAGUCCCGAAAGCCAACGACCCGUGGGGUGCUGCUCCUCCCGAACCCGAGCCUCCAAAGGAAGAAGAGGAGGCUCCGGCUAAGAACGAUCCCUGGUCAGGAGAGAGCGAACCAACCCCUGCUCCUGCAAAGAACGAUCCCUGGGGUGGAGGAUCAGACGCCUCCCCAACCAAAGAGGCUCCUGCUACCAACGAUCCUUGGGGUGGUGGUGGUGGAGAUGGUGGCUCACCAAAGGAGUCUACACCCGCCAGCAACGAUCCUUGGGGCGCUUCGGCAGACGGCCCGUCAGUGGAGGCUCCCGCAGCGAACGAUCCAUGGGGUGGAGGAUCGGAUGCUACCCCCCCAAAAAAAGAGUCUCCGCCAGCCACCAACGACCCGUGGGGAGCGGGAUCAGACUUUGCACCAAAAGAGUCCCCAACGGCCGCCAGCAAUGAUCCUUGGGGCGGUGGGUUAGACUCGGCCCCUAAAACGUCACCUCCUGUGGGCAAUGACCCUUGGGGCACAGGAGCAAAGUCCCCAUCGGAGGACACUAAGGACCCGUUUGGAGCAGACGCUGACACCAAAAAAUCUCCGCCAGCAGCCAGCGAUCCUUGGGGAGCGCCAGCUCCAGGAGACAAGAUGCCCUCCCCAGACACCGUGGCACCCAAUGACCCUUGGGGUGCAGGGCCAAGCGACACCACAAAGGAGUCUCCCCCUGCCAGCAAAGACCCGUGGGGUUCUUCGGGUGAUGCAGGAACCGUCACGUCCAACGAUGCUCCAGUUGCCACCAAUGAUCCCUUUGGUGGAGGAUCAGACGACCUCUUGAACGAUGCUCCUCCUCCUCCGGCCAGUGGCGAUCCAUGGGGCGCACCUCUCGACGCACCUGCACAAUCCCCACCGGCGAAGUCCGACCCGUGGGAGACGCCUGCUGCCAAAACCUCACCUGACGUCGCCCCCGCCGCCAGCUCGGAUCUCUGGGGUGCGGGAACGACAGACAUGGCAGAACCCAAACCAGAACCGUUUGAUACUCCAGCAGUAGCUCCAGAGCCAAAACCAGACCCGUUUGACACUCCAGUGGUAUCUGAAGCCAAACCGGAUCCCUUUGAUACCCCAGUUGCGCAGGAAACCAACUCGGACCCAUGGGAUGCUCCAGCAGAGGCCCCAGCGACCAAGUCAGAUCCUUGGGAUGCACCUUCAGACGCCCCCCAAACCAAGGCAGACCCUUGGGGUUCAGGAGGAGGAGGAGAUGCAGCAUCAGCCAUGUCCCCUUCUGAUCCGUUUGGUGACAGCAAGAAGCCAGACAAUGACCCUUGGGGAGCCCCAGCCACAUCUCCCCCCGCUGGAGGCGACCCCUGGGGGUCAUCGGCCGUCCCCACCAGCCCCGGAGGUGACCCCUUUGGAGAUGGAGGCUCCACAGACGCUUGGGGAACGCCGACCAAAAGUGCUACCAAUGGUGACCUGACAGACGGAGCAAAGUCGAAAGCCUCCGCACAGUCUGGCCUCUCAGCGUGGCUAGAUGGGCUGUCUCUGGACUUGACCAUGCCCACUACCACUACUCAAGGUGCAGAGGUCAAGCAGCACACCACCACCACCAUCCCAGUGUCCUCCUCCAGCCUUUAUGCUUUGGUACCCCCUACACCAUCAUCCCUCAUCCACCCUUUCCCAACCCCCAUGCGCCCUCAUGGCCCCAUGGGUACACCAUCCAGCUACACCCCUCCUACACGGCUCCCCCAGGGAGCACCCCCACAACACCACCACCACUACCGUCACCUCAACCCCAUGGGGGGAUUCCAUCCCACAGCGGCCCCACUCUGGGGAGCCGCGAUGGGACCUCCCAUCCACCAGGGGGCUCCCUAUGGAGGUUCUCUGGGUGGCGUGCCUGGUGCCCCAAUGGCUGCUGGGAUAGGGGUGCCUCUGCAGCCACUGCAGCCCUCUCAUCUUCAACAGAAGCUGCUUGGUGGAGGUGGAGGUGGAGGUGGUGGCAUGGGUGGUGUACCUAAGGCUACUGUAGCAAACAACAAUCCUUUUCUCCUGGGGCAUUCAUUCUCCGAUAACACUGUCCUUACUUCCUGGGGUUCCACCAUGUUGGAGCAAAUGUCCCGGCGUUCCCGCUCACUGCUGUCCCUCUCGCUGACGUCCCUGGCGCUGGCCCUGUCCGUGCUGGCCUUCGCCACGUCCUACUGGUGCGAGGGGACCCACAAGGUGGUCAAGCCACCAUGCUUCUCUCCUGUCAAGAUGAAGAACUGUGGCCAGAACAACAGCCAGCCAUACACCACUGAGGGCCCCACGGGUGACCCGCGCAAGCCGGGGAGCAACGUGACGCUGUCCCCCAGGCAGAAAGAGGAGGAGGCCCGCAUCAGGGCCAAGAAGCUGGCCAACGCCGUCCACUACAUCUGGGAGACGGGGGAGGACAAAUACAUGAUGCGAUACUUCCACACUGGCUUCUGGCUCUCCUGCGAGAAACACAAUCAAGGUAGUUAUACUGACUCUGUGUGGGAAGUCUGUCGUAGUUUCAUUGAGCUGGCUCCCGGAGAGACGCAAGGCGUGCUGUGGCUCUCCAUGAUCUCUGAGUUUACCUACAUCGGCCUGUUGGCCAUGGGCUUCCUGCUGAUGUGGAUGGAGGUGUGCUGCCUGUGCAUCAGUAAAGAGAUGUACGCCCUCAAGAUCAACGCCUACGCCGCCAUGUGCACCGUACUCUCAGGCAUGGUGGGCAUGAUAGCCCAUAUGAUGUACACCACCGUCUUCCAGAUGAUCGUGAACAUGGGCCCCAAAGACUGGCGGCCCCAGGAGUGGGACUACGGCUGGUCAUUUGCCAUGGCCUGGCUCUCCUUCAGCUGUUGCAUGGCGGCAGCCGUCUUUACGCUCAACUCCUACACCAAGACGCUGAUCGAGAUCAAACACCGCCAGCGCAUCCGCCUGGAGGAGGCCCGCGCCGCCAGCCAGGCCCCUUCCUACGACGAUGUCAUCACGGGGCAGGAAGCAGGAGGUAGCAUCUACUCGGUGCACCAAUUGCUGCAGCAGGCCCAGCAGAGCACCCUGAUGGAGAACAUGUGGCCCCAUCCUCACGCCCUGGUGAUGGGGCAUCAUCACGGGGGACACCAGCACCACCACCACCAGCAUCAGCACCACAUGGUGCAACACCCCCAUGGAGGGAUGGUGCUGGUGGGGGGGUGCGGGAUGGAGGGCUGUGAGGACUGCGAGAGGGAGAUGGACGAGAUGGAGGAGAUGGAUAUCCUGAUGCUGUGA